UUAGCCCCACUCAUGCCGCGUUGCACUCUGGGAUUGACAACAAACCCCCUUUUAUCAAUUAUAUUAAUUUUUCCCCAUACCGACUAGCGUUUCAAUCUUUCGGAGGCCAAAAUGGAAAAUGUACAUCUGGCGGGAGAAGAAGACGAUAUUUAUUCGGGAUACAACGACUACAACCCAACAUUUGACACUGAGGAGCUGGAUAAUGACGUGGGCUUCCAAGAGGCGGUUAGAACCAGUCAUGGAAGACGACCCCCGAUGACUGCUAAAGUUCCUGGCACUGCCGCAGGAGGGCGCCCUUUACCUUCAUCCUUUGGGGCUCGGAUGGCCAUGACCUCCUCAAUCGGUCGACCCAUGACUGGAACUGUGCUGGAUGGAGCAUCUCGGCCCAUGUCAGCGGUCAGAGCAGCUGGUUUCACCUCAUCGCAAACACGUGGGUCAGCCUUUGACCCUCUUGGCCAGUCUAGAGGCUCUGCGCCCGCACUGGAGAAAAAGAAAGAGGAUUUGCCCGAGGAGAAAAUCAAGCUCUUGGAGAAGAAAGUGAAUGAAUUGAUCACUGAGAGCUGCAUGGCCCAAAGCAUGGGCAACUCACAAUUGGCUCUUGAGAAGGCCAAAGAGGCCGAGAGGAAGGAGCGAGUUUUAGUGAGACAGAGGGAGCAGCAGUCUGACAGUGCCGAACAAAUCAACAUCGAUCUCACCUACGCUGUUCUGCUCAACCUGGCUAACCAAUAUGAAAACAAUGAGAUGUAUCCAGAAGCCCUGAGCAGCUACCAAGUCAUUGUCAAGAACAAGAUGUUCACUAACGCAGGGCGUCUGAAGGUGAACAUGGCCAACAUUUGGGUGAAGCAGAAGAACUACCCCAAGGCCAUCAAGCUGUACCGCAUGGCGCUGGACCACAUCUCGGACGACUACAAAGAGAUGAGAAUCAAGAUCAUGCAGAACAUCGGCACCGUCUUUGUGCUGCUGGGCCAGUACUCGGACGCCGUGGCGUCCUUUGAGCAUAUCAUGAGCAAGAGCGCCAACGUCAGGACCGCCUACAACCUGGUCCUCUGCUAUUACGCCAUCCGCGACGCCGACGGCAUGAGGAACGCCUUCCACAAGCUCCUCGCCGUCCCCCUCCGUGUGCAGCACGAAGACAAGUACAUCGCAGCUACGGAUGACAUCAGCUCUAACAUGUUGAUGGAGGCCAUCAAGAAUGACAAUCUACACCAAAUGGAGAGAGACCUGAAAGCUCGUGCUGAGAAGUAUGUGAUGACGGCCGCCAAGCUCAUCGCUCCGGCCAUUGAGUCCUCCUUUGCCGCCGGAUUUGACUGGUGUGUGGAGAUGGUGAAGAGCUCUCAGUACGUGGAGCUGGCCAACGACUUGGAGAUCAACAAAGCCAUCACCUACCUCAGGCAGAAGGACUUCAACCAGGCAGUGGCCAUACUAAAGACGUUUGAGAAGAAGGACAGCAGAGUGAAAAGCGCCGCCUCCACCAACCUGUCUGCUCUCUUUUUUUUGGAGAAAGACUACGAACAGGCCGAGCGCUACGCCGACCUGGCCAUGAUUGCUGACCGCUACAACCCCGGCGCUCUGGUCAACAAAGGCAACACGGAGUUCGUCAAGCAGGACUACGCCAAGGCGGCAGAGUUCUUCAAAGAGGCGCUGAGGAACGACUCCUCCUGCACCGAGGCCCUCCGCAACCUGGGUCUCACGUACAAGAAGCUGAAUCGUCUGGAGGAUGCGCUGGACUGCUUCUUGAAGCUUCACACCAUCCUCAGGGACAGCGCAGAGGUCAUGUAUCAGCUGGCUGACACCUACGAGCUCCUGGAGGACCCCCACCAGGCGGUGGAGUGGCUGAUGCAGGUGAUCAGCGUGGUCCCCAACGACCCCAAGGCUCUGGCCAAGCUGGGCGAUCUGCACGACCUGGAGGGGGACAAGUCGCAGGCCUUGCAUUACUACUGCGAGUCCUUCAGGCUGUUCCCCUGCAACAUGGAGGUGAUCGAGUGGCUGGCGGCCUAUUAUGUGCAGACGCAGCUCUACGAGAAGGCCAUCCACUACUUUGACCGAGCCAUCCUUGUGCAGCCGACCGAAGUGAGGUGGCAACUCAUGGUGGCCAGCUGCUACAGGAGAAGUGGAAAUUACCAGAGAGCUCUGGACACAUACAAAGAAAUCCACCGCAAGUUCCCUGAAAAUGUGGAAUGUCUGCGCUUCCUGCUGAGGCUGAGUCAGGACAUGGGCCUGCUGCAAGAGGUCGACGACUACACCAGCAAGCUGAAGAAAGCCGAGAAGAUGAAAGAGCUCAGAGAGCAGAGGGUGAAGUCGGCGCGAGAGGGGAGUGCCCGAGGUCGGAGAGAGGGAAGUGGCGGAAGUGCUGACAGCGGCCGCAGCAGCAGCAACGGCAACAAAGGCGAGCGUCUGGGCGCCCAGGUGAUGUCCCUCCCUGCUUCCGGCGACCCUUACGAGAGCAGCAGCCCCAAACAACUUGAUGCCUCCUAUGUGGACCCGCUGGGGCCCCCGAUGGAGCGACCCAAGACAGGGGCCAAGCUACGGCCGGAUGACGACGACUUUGCUGAUGACGACCUUGAAGAUGAGUUGCUCCCUGAGUAGCUUUGUCACAUAUUUUAAAUAUUCAUAUCAACAACCGGUUUCAGCUCAAAAUCAAUAAUUAAUGGAUAAAUUCAUUAUUAGAGUUGAUUGUAUAAAUAAUAUAGAUUAUUUUCUUAUUGAAAA